AGUUUUCUAUCUCUGUCUCUCCCUUCCUCCCUUGUUAUGUAUAUAGAUAUAGAUACAUAUAUAAAAGUUCCCCUGCACCAACCGAGGAAAACUCGCCAGCGUGAGUGGACCCGGGUGUUCUACCUCCCCGAGUAAUAAAGAAGCUUGACCUUGGGAGGGUGGCCGGAGAUUAAGUAGAGAUCUUCCCCCCACCCCGACUCCUCCGAGACCUGGUGGGGGUGGGUAGGAGGGCAGAGCCCCUACAGCUAAUCAAAAGUUACCAGCGGUGGGAAGAGGCGGGUUACGGACAGAGCAGGGAAGGCUCCGGGCAGCCCGGGUUCCCCGCUCCCGGGGCUGGGGGCGGCGCUGGCGCUUCUGGCUCCUCCCGGGCCGGGGCGGGCAGGGGUGCGGCAGCUGCUCGGCUGGCUCGCCCCGCACUCGAGCUCCCGUCCCGGCGCUAGCCGCUCUCUCCACCAGGCUAGUCCCGUGCUAAUGGAUUAAAAGUCGCACCGGGAGCUCAGAGGGAGCCCGCGGAGUCCCGGUCCGCCCCGUCUCACUCGGGUCCGCGAGCAGCGCCGCGCGCGCCGGCCGCUCUCCCUGUCCUCUCUCCCGCUGCUCGGGGGCAGGCGGCCGCUUCUCCCCCCGCGGAGAUGUCCAGCGGCGGCCGGAGGAGGGCCGGCUCCUCCUGGCCCAGCUUCUCCCGGUUCUUCACUCCUCGAAGCCCGUCCCGGGACGAAGAGGAGAAGCCCGCGGUGAGCCAGCCCUUGGCUGGAGGCGCUCCCAGUCCUGAAAAUGGGCCUGUCACUAUAAGUCAGAAAACAGAAAAUGCACCUUCAACAGAGCCAGUAAAGAUUUCCCAAAGUGAGGACAGUAGGAGCCAUUCUGAGAAAUCAGCUAAUCUUUCACCGGAAGAAGACUCAAAAAAGCCAGACAAGUUUCCCAGUUUACCCUCCGAUGCUAAGACUGUGGACAGUGAUAAACAGCCAAAAGAAAGCUUUCUCCAAUUCCUUGGUAACUUAUUUAAUAUCUCAGCAAAAUCCCCCCAGCAGCCAACCCUCAAAAGUGAGCAUGACAAAACUGAAAAGGAUUCACAAAAUCUCGUUUUUCACAAAGAAGAGUUUAAAAAAGAAAGUGACGUAUGCAGCAGUUCUCCUCUGGAUGAACCAAAUCCAACAACUGAAGAAAGAGAUCUGCCUACUGCAGGUGCUCUGUCAGAUGCCAUUUCACAAGAUAAAACACAAGAGAGUGAACAAGAAAGCAGUGAAUUGCUAAAAAAAGUAGAAUGUGAACCUGAGAUGUCUUCAAUUACAUAUUCAACUUACCGGGGUCCCAGACAGAUUUUGAAAAUUUUGAAGAAUCAGACCAAAUUAGAGACUUUGACUUCUGUACAAAGAACAGAUGAAACUUCUGAUUCUAGUGCAGAUACUCAAACUGGAACUGGAAGUGAGUCUGAGGCUGUCACCUCUCCAGAUUCACCAGUCAAGAACAACACACAUCUGCCCAAAGGCCCUUUAAAAGAUGCCAUUUUAAAUAACAGUAAUUAUAAGGAAUCUAUAUUACAUAGGCCAUCAUUAUUAAAUAGACCAUCAUCAUCUACUGAAACUCUCUCUAGUUCUGUAGUUGAAUCCUGUUAUAAUAAUCCUUUAAAUUAUGUGCCAGUUUAUGAAAUAGACAAUGAUAUGAAAGGAUCAUUGUUAUUCGGGAAUGAUACCAAAGACCCUAGAAAUCCUGCUUUUCAGAGGAUAGUGAAUCCAAAACCUACUUUCGAAAACAACUUUUUGAAGAAUGAUAGAGCAUCAGAGCAAAGAGGAGAACAUUUUCAAGCCCCAAGUGUAGUGCUUUCUGACCUGAAUAUAGAUUUAAGUAGUAGAGAAUCUGAGAUAGUCAAACAUGAACGUGAAGAUUUGCCAAGUCCAAAUAAAACAACUUUAUAUGGUGAAUUGGGACUGCCAGAGAGUAAGUGUUCAGUAUCUUAUCAUUUUGGCAGCAUUGUUCUUCAUCAUCAAGCUGAAACAGAUACAGAACAUAUGAAUGAAGAAAACAGGACAGUUAUUCAAGACUCACAAAUAAAUAUGCAAGCAAAAGAGAACACGAAGGAAAAAGAAAUCUCCUCAACUACUGGACUCUUAUCCUCAGCUAACAUAUUACAUGCAAAAAAUGAAGUGGUUGGAUCUUUACCAAAAGAUACUGAUUAUAGCCUUACAACAAAAAACUUUGAUUCUGGGCCGUCAGAUAAAGUAUCUCAAGGCACUAUAAUAAUUCAAAAUGAGCAUCCCUCUAUAAAAUCUGUUAAUGAGGCAGAAAAGGUAGAUUGUAUACAAAAUAGCAUAAGACCUGGAUUGAAAUUUGAAGUAAAUGGAAACCACAUUUCAGUCUCUUCCUUUGAAUCUGAGAAUCUUGAACUGACCAAAGUCUUACCUGGGUCUUCAGAUGUUAACAAUGAAACAAUAUCUCUGAUUCUUGAAAGUGAAAAGGCUGAUUUUCAUGAUUCACCUCCUACCUUUGACUUCAAAGGUAGCAUCUUUAGAAAGUAAAAACUCCAGUUUUAAAGAAU